CUGCGCCGUGCUCUCGUCCUCCGUCACUUCCGGCCGCGGAGGUAGCUGUUGAGGCAGCUUUGCAGGGCUGGACUGACGUUCCCGGGCCCCGGGGUAAGCGGCCGCCAUGAACUUCUCUGAGGUGUUCAAGCUUUCCAGCCUGCUCUGCAAGUUCUCCCCGGACGGCAAAUACCUGGCUUCUUGUGUGCGGUACCGGUUAGUGAUCCGGGACGUGAACACCCUCCAGGUCCUCCAGCUGUACACGUGCCUGGACCAGAUCCAGCACGCCGAGUGGUCGGCGGACUCCCGGUUCAUCCUGUGCGCCAUGUACAAGCGGGGGCUGGUGCAGGUGUGGUCCUUGGAGCAGCCAGAGUGGCACUGCAGAAUCGACGAGGGCUCGGCCGGGCUGGCGGCCUCAUGCUGGAGCCCGGACGGCCGCCACAUUCUCAACACCACCGAGUUCCAUCUGCGGAUAACUGUCUGGUCCUUGUGCACGAAGUCUGUGUCUUACAUCAAGUACCCGAAAGCCUGUCAGCAGGGGAUCUCCUUCACCCGGGACGGCCGCUACCUGGCGCUGGCUGAGCGGCGCGACUGCAAGGACCACGUGAGCGUCUUCGUCUGCAGCGACUGGCAGCUGCUGCGGCACUUUGAUACGGAGACCCAGGACCUCGCAGGGAUUGAGUGGGCCCCAAACGGCUGUGUACUGGCGGUGUGGGACACCUGUCUAGAGUACAAGGUCCUGCUCUACUCCUUGGACGGCCGGCUUCUGUCUGCCUACUGUGCCUACGAGUGGUCCCUGGGCGUCAAGUCGGUGGCCUGGAGCCCCAGCAGCCAGUUCCUGGCAGUGGGAAGCUACGAUGGGAAGGUGCGCAUUCUUAAUCACGUGACUUGGAAAAUGAUCACAGAGUUCGGGCAUCCAGCAACUGUUACUAAUCCCAAAAUAGUGGUGUAUAAGGAAGCUGAGAAGAACCCGCGGCUGGCGCUGGGCCGCCUGGCCUUCCCCCCACCCAGGGCAGCAGCCGGCGCGGCCUCCAGCACGGAGAGCAAAUACGAGAUCGCCUCCGCGCCAGUUUCCUUACAGACUCUGAAGCCCAUCGCUGACCGAGCAAACCCGAAAGUCGGCAUAGGAGCGCUGGCCUUUAGUCCGGACAACUACUUCCUGGCGACAAGGAAUGACAGCGUCCCGAAUGCCGUCUGGAUCUGGGACAUACAGAAGCUGAAACUCUUCGUGGUGCUUGAGCAGCUGUCCCCGGUGCGCUCCUUCCAGUGGGACCCACAGCAGCCCCGGCUGGCCAUCUGCACGGGCGGCAGCAAGGUGUACCUGUGGUCACCUGCGGGCUGCGUGUCGGUGCAGGUGCCUGGGGAAGGUGACUUUCAGGUGCUUUCUCUGUGCUGGCAUUUCAGCGGGGACUCACUGGCCCUUCUCAGUAAGGACCACUUCUGUCUGUGCUUCCUGGAGACCGAGGAGAGAGUUGGCACAGCCUUCGGACGGCCGGGUGACCACACCUAGGCCAUGUGCAUAUCCGGGUCCUGGUGAGACCGAGGCAGGACGCCUGGCAUGUGCCGGCUGCAGAGAAGGGAUGGGCUUUCCUGGUCGUUACUCCAGCCAUGGUGGCCCACAGGAAAUGAUGUGCUGUUAUCUUUCUAUAGCAUUUUUGUAAAUAUGUAUGGUACUAAUUUUUAUCUAAAACAACUAUUUCCUAAUUCACAAAAUGGCUGAUGGCUUGUGUUCAUGGAAGGUUUGGUUAUGGAAGGACUCCUUGUUUCAGGUUUUGGAGUCACUGACAGGAAGGAGCUAACCCCGUUUCUCCCUCAGGUGGACACCUGCUCUGCUCUGGGGCCCCGAUUCCCCGUCACUGGGUGGUGUUUCUGGAGAAUGGGCUUGGGCUUCACAUGGGCAGCGUUCUGGAGUGCAGGGAGGGGAGCCCUGAGCGCUGGAAGGGCGGUGCCACAUGGGGAGGCAGGGAAUGCAGGCCCCAGGGCCUCUGGGUCAAGGUCAGGUCUGCAGAAGAGUCCCCCCUGGCCUUCCGUCCAUGGCAGUUCCAGCCCCCUCUCAGUCCAGGUGCUUCUGACAGCGGCCAGGGCGGAGAAGCACCAGGGCAGGAAGCAGGCUUCCAAACCCGGGUUCGUCAGCCCGGCUAAAGGCUCAAGGCGGUUUGCUCGCCACUCUCAGGUUUUCCUCUGAGCGAGCUGCAGCAGGGCAGGGACUCCUCACCCGACUUUGCAGCCAGCUGGCAGACUCACAAGGCGAACAGCUUCAAAGAAGGAAAGACAUCUGUUCGACUGUAAAUGUCUUUACUACGAGACCAAAAGCGAAGGCUCGAGACCCGGGUGGCGUGGAGGCAGCCUUUCGAUGCGCACAGGCUGCCGCGUUUGGGUCCCAGCCAUGCCAACUAGAGCCAUGCCAGAGCUGUGGAUGCGGAGGGAGAAACCGUGAGCCGGCACUUCAGGCUGGGGACACGUGCUCCCAGUCGAGCCGGCAAGCCGAGGGCAGGUGCGCGAGUGGGUGGCGCGCUGCGGUGCCGCCUGGACACGCUCUGCUGGCUGCCGCGGCUCAGGCGUCCUCAGGGCCACAUGGACGGCCUCAGGUCGGCGUGGGCGCGGGGGUCACCGAGCGGGGGGUCAGCAGCAUAUGAGAGGAGACUCUAAUACGGUCCCUUUUUUCAAAAGGGCAUCUUGAAAAGCAAAGUAAGGGAUCCCCAUUUUAAAUAUGAAAAUGAGAAACCAAACCUAGACGAGGCAGGGUCAUCAAACUGUUUGCAAAGAACAAAGAAGGUGACUCAAAUUAAUGAACUGUCUCGAAGUGACUUCCUGUGGACUUCCGGGCCUGGGAAGGAUGCCAGAGGUAUUACACGGUACAAGUUUACAAAAAGUGUGGCUUUAGGUCAAACACAUAUUCACACAAAAGCAGCCGUUCUCUCGCAUUGGACGAGGCCGACGGUCUCUCGCUCAGUUCAGCAGUCUGGCUUGUUCUGCAUUUAGCUUUAAGAAAACGCAUGAAAUUUCAAAAUACAAAAUUGGACACCAAACAGAAAGGUAUUUGCAACUAUGGGCAGUGGG